CGCCCCGGCUCCCGCCAAGUACGAGCGGGACGGGCCCGGGAGCGGCGGGGGYUGCGCGGGCCGGGCCGUGUCGGGUUCGGCCACCGCCGCCCGGGACGGCCGCUCAGCCGCGCCGGCCGCCGGGACAGCCAUGGAGUGCAGAGACAAAGCUGCUGUUCCUCCACGGAAGCUUGUCCAAGCUCGGUUGCCCUUCAAGCGCCUCAAUCCCGUGCCAAAGGAAAAAUUCGAUGUGGAUUCAGAAGUCAAAAAAGUCAAGAGCUCCCCGAGUGCUUUUGUUCCCAGCAAGGAUCCCUCCYUGGAUGCCUCCGGUGCCUCCCUGGACAAUGUGGAGAACGACUGCCAGCUGGGCUCAGAUGGGAAUUUAACUCCAAAACUCGUCAAUGGAAAGGGUCCCUUAGACCAUUUUAUCCAGAAAACCUCGGGAGGUGACACAAACGACCCUGGGGUUGUUCCUGACCCUCCUCAGGACUCUGCCCAUGGAUUUGGGGACAGCACAGACCGGGCUGAUCUGGAUUCCAGAGCUGCUGUAACCAACGGGACAGAACUAAAACCGUCCAGCUGCCCAAAUUCCUCACAGAGCAUCCCAAAAAAUGACCCCACAGAGACUUCUGAGGCACGGGAGGAUUUGGGAGGCAGCACAAACGAACUGAAGGAUGUGCUUUUUGAGGGGAAGGUGCCUGUGGUGCUGCUGGAGGAYAUCAUGAGUGGAAAAUCACCACCCGUGGUUUCUCUGGAAACGUCAGACAACGAGGCCAUGGAAUCAUCUCACGAGGGGGACUCAGGACUGAGCAAUUCCUCACUGAGCUCAGGGAGCUCGCCCGAGGUGCAGCUGGUGGCAGAAUCCAAGAGGAACACGAGUCCUUUGGCUGCCUCCACACCUGCCAGGAAGGUACCUCAGAAAUUCCACAGGAGCUCGGCAGAGAAGGAGAAGCUGAGAUUGCAAAGAGACCAGGAACGAGCUGACAAACUCCAAAAGCUUCAAGCAGAGAGGGAGGAGAAGGGGAGGCUGAAGGAAGAAGCAAAAGCUGCAAAAGAACGAGCCAAGGARGAGGCCAAGAAGAGAAAAGAGGAAGAGAAGGAGUUGAAAGAGAAAGAAAGGAGGGAAAAGAAAGAAAAGGAAGAGAAGGAAAAAGCUGAGAAGCUGCGAGUGAAGGAGGAGAAGCGCAAGGAGAGGCAGGAGGCUUUGGAGGCAAAACUCGAGGAGAAGAGAAAGAAAGAGGAGGAGAAACGGUUAAAGGAGGAGGAAAAGCGCCUGAACGCCCAAAAAGCAGAAAUCACCAGGUUCUUCCAGAAACCAAAGACUCCMCAAGCCCCGAAGACUCUUGCUGGCUCCUGUGGGAAGUUUGCUCCUUUUGAAAUCAAGGAGAACAUGGUUUUAGCCCCUCUCAGYCGUGUUGCCCUGGAUCCAGAUUAUCUGGAGCAGCUGGAUAAACUCCUGCACGCCCAAAAUGGUGAYUUUUCCUUCCUGAUGGAUCUAAAACGUCGUAAACCACGAAAAACAGGGCCCACUUUGGUCAAUGACAGCAGUGACAGUAUCAACAGUGACGUGGUGGUGGUGGACAGCUGCCAACCUGAUGGUGUCCCUGAGAGGGAGAAAUUUGGCAGGAUGAAGCUGCUGCAGUUCAGUGAAAAUCACCGUCCUGCCUACUGGGGUACCUGGAACAAGAGAACCUCCCUGAUCCGUGCCAGGAAUCCCUGGUCCAAGGACACCAAACUGCUGGACUAYGAGGUGGACAGUGAUGAAGAGUGGGAAGAGGAAGAGCCUGGAGAAAGCCUCUCUCACAGUGAGGAGGAUGAUGAAGAGGAGGGAGAGGAUGAAGAUGAGGACGAUGGGUUUUUUGUACCCCAUGGGUACCUAUCUGAAGAUGAAGGUGUGACAGAGGAAUGUGAUCCAGAGAACCAGAAAGUUCGGCAGAAACUGAAAGCCAAGGAAUGGGAUGAGCUGAUAGCAAAAGGCAAGAGAUUCCAUGUCCUGCAGCCUGUGAAGAUUGGCUGUGUCUGGGAAUGGGCAGCACAGGACAGCAGCACCAGCUCAGACCUGAAGAUUCUCCAGCAGUUCACAGCCUGUGUGCUGGAGCCUCCCGUGGCAGAGGAAGAGCAGCAGACACAGAAAUGCAGCAAAAAACGAGCAAARGAUCAGCAAAUCCUGGGCCACCUCCUGCCGCUGCUGCACGGCAACGUGCACGGGAGCAAGGUGAUCAUCCAGGAGUUCCAGGAGUGCUGCCGCCAGGGACUGCUCAGCGUUUCGGGGACCGAUGGCAGCGACGGGAGCCCCCCACGACCCCACACCCCUGGAGCAACCCCCGAGGAUGGAGGGGUCCCCUCCAAAGCUCGGCUCAAGAGGAUCAUUUCUGAGAACUCUGUGUACGAGAAGAGGCCCGAGUUCAGGAUGUGCUGGUACGUGCACGCCGAGGUUCUGCGCAGCUUCGGCCGGGAGCACCUGCCYGUCCCCUGCCAGUGGAAUUAUGUCACCCAAGUGCCCUGUGCUGGCAAGGAGGAGGUGGGCACCGUGCCAGGCGUGGCUGUGGCAYUGCCAACACCCCUGGCAGCCAAGAGGAAGGCCACCCACAGCAUGUCCAUCACCAAGUUCAUGAAGAGACCUCGGGAUGCGGAGCAGGCUGCAGAGAUGGAUGGAUUUCAGGCAGACACUGAGGAGGAUGAGGAAGAUGAUGACUGCAUGAUUGUGGAUGUACAGCCAGCAAAAGGUUCUACAGCUUCAGAAUCCAGUGGCACAAGAGCUGCUCACCAGGACAGCCCAUCUAAUAGAGUUUGAGACUUAAAUGCCUACUAACUCCUCUGUAUGUAUGUAGAAUGAGCUAGAACAUUUUAAACCUUGUGUAUCUUUGACCGAGAUACUUGCAAGUAUUCCACAUUUCUUGUAAAGAGAAGACAGCACUUUGUUCUGCUUCAGACCAGAUGGAAGCUUAAAUUUCUAGUUUUAACUUUUUAGCUUUUUUUUUUUUUAAAAAAAAAARAAAAAAACCCUGCAUAUUAAUCUGUCCUUAAUAAAGCAUUAUUGAAAUGUU